AUGAACCGUUUUAAAGCUGUUUCUAUAAUGCGGCAUAGUGCAUCAGCGUUUGGGUUUGCUUUUGAUGCCAUUCUGGAUGUCCUGUCCUCCAUAAUCGUGAUUUGGCGAUACAGUAAUGCGGCGGCUGUCCAUUCAGCACACAGAGAAUACAUUGCGUGUGCCAUCCUCGGAGUCGUGUUCAUCUUGUCGGCCAUCACUAUCCUGGUGAAAGCGAUCCAUGAUCUCGCCACAAAACUGCAACCAGAAGUGGAUGACUUCCUGUACAGCGUCUCGGUUAUCAGCGGAGUGGUGUGUGCCAUUCUGUCCGUCUGUAAGUUCAUGCUGGGGAAAGUCCUCACCAGCAGGGCUCUCAUCACCGAUGUGCCGUGGCAACGUGUCUGGUCUGAUUUCACCUUAACUCCUCCCAUUUUGAUUUCCGACCAGCUGGAAGAAGCAGGAUUCCACACCUGA